AACUAAACGUCAAAGUAGUUAUUUUCCGCACCAGUCCAGAUUUUCACGCCGUAACAUAAACACUCCAUUAAUUUUCGAGAAAAACCGAAUAAAACUAAGGUUUUUGUAGUUUAAAUUUAUGUAAAUUGAAUUCGGUGGUGCAGUGGAAUCAAAAACUGUAGAAAUAUCCGGUGAACGGAUUUGUGAAGUCGUAAAAUUCCUAACAUAUCGUGUGUGAAGCUUUGUUUGGACUGGUGCCCACACAUAAACAACAAUGGCCGAGACUUCGGAUGCACAACAUCCGUCGCAGCGAUCGUCGCCGGUUUUGUCUGAUAAAUCCGCUGGCGGUGGCAGUGCCGAUUCCGCUUCGGGCGGCCAGCAGACGGGCUUCAUUUGUGGUGUGGUCGAGGGUUUCUACGGCCGUCCGUGGACUACCGAGCAGCGGAAGGAUCUGUUCCGGAAGCUGAAGCAGUGGGGCAUGGAUUCGUACAUUUACGCGCCCAAGGAUGAUUACAAACAUCGAGCUUACUGGCGCGAACUGUAUACGGUCGAGGAAGCGGAUCACCUUACGGGGCUCAUUACGGCUGCUCACGAGCAGAAUAUCAACUUCUAUUAUGCCCUUUCGCCGGGACUGGACAUUACGUACAGUAGCAGUAAGGAGAUAGCUAUUCUCAAGCGAAAGCUAGAUCAAGUUUCUCAGUUCGGAUGUAAAGCCUUUGCCUUGCUGUUCGAUGAUAUCGAACCAGAAAUGAGUAAAUCCGACAAGGAAGUGUUCCAGAGUUUCGCUUACGCUCAAGUCUCGGUAACCAACGAAAUUUACAACCACUUGAAUUGUCCACGGUUCCUGUUUUGUCCCACUCAGUACUGCAGCUCCCGAGCAGUUCCGACCGUGAAGCAAUCCGAAUAUCUCAAUACGCUGGGUUCUAAGCUCAUUCAAAGCAUCGACAUCAUGUGGACCGGUCCGAAGGUUAUCUCGAAACUGCUCACCGUCGAGUGUAUCCAGGAGAUAACCGAAGUCAUAAAACGCCCCCCGGUCAUCUGGGACAAUUUGCAUGCUAACGAUUAUGACCAGAAGCGUGUCUUCUUGGGACCGUACUCAGGUCGAUCUCCGGAGCUCAUCCCACUGUUGCGCGGUGUCGUAACGAAUCCCAACUGUGAAUUUCACGCUAAUGCCAUAGCCAUCCAAACGCUAGCAUUCUGGAGUAAGUGCAGUGCGGACACGAAAAUUAGUUCGUCGAUUUCGUCCGAUAUCAAGCUGGAGACGGAGAACGAGGAAGGCAUCUGCCAGGAGGAUGCACCGGCCUUCUUGUCGGAGAAUGUGUACCAUCCGAGGUUGGCGCUGAAGAAUGCCAUUGCCAACUGGCUGCCGGAGUUUUAUCAGGAGAAGGAAGCGUGGGGACCGAUCAGCAAACCGCAGCCAGCUCUUACAAUGGUCAUGCCGAUCAUCCCCAUCAUACCUUCCGUGAACACCUGCAUGACUCUAACUUCGACCAACACAACAACCACCACCAGUGCAAACACCAUGGCAGUGCCGGAAGUGAACACCACUCAGCUGCAGCUGUUCGCCGACGUUUGCAGCACGGUGACAAGUGCGCCGGAAAACGUCCCGGCACCCAUCAUGAACUCACUGGUAUCUGCCACCAAGGUGAUUACCAACGAGUCACUUCCGAAUCCGGUGGCAGCUGCCGUAACUAACAUGGCCAUCCCGACGACGAUUCCGAUUUCGAGUAUUCCAGUGCCGAUCAUGAGUAUCAAGGCUGUUGACGGAGUAGAGGCUGCGGGAACCAAACUGGAGUCGGCUGACAAACAGAAAGUGGAGAAUAGUGAGGAUACCGCCGAUCACGACGUUAAAGGGAAACCGCUGGAAGAGGAUGCCGUAAUUGAGAAUGAUCUGGAGCAGAAAAAGUUGGACGAAUCCAGCGAGAAACGAAAAUCGUCGUCUUCUGAGAUUCCCCUAGUCGAAGAGGAGAUCGAUGGCGAAGAGAAGGGCGACGCGGAAGUGAAAAUGCUGGAUUUGGAGGAGAACGAGGUCAAAAUGGUGGAUGCCAGUGACGCGAAUGUGGAGAAAAUGACCGAUGGUGAGGAGGUAGUGGUGAACCGCAUCAAGAUCAACGUCGAAGACGAGGAUGUAAAAGUGGACGAGGUUUUCAGCAGUACGAAUGCUACGAGCGGCACUACCAGCGCGGAACCGAUGGAAUGUGGAAGUAACCUGACCUCGCCGAAACACGUGAUGAAGACGCAUUUUGAUGAUGUCGUUAUGUCGGAAUCUACGUCGACUUGUUCCGGAAGUAUGCAAGUAGAGAGUUCGGAUACUUCUUUAACUUCCAACGCAGAGAUGAUUGAAGUCAAAUGCCCCAGCGACAAGGACAUCACAGCCACCGAUAUUAUGUUGCUUUGUGAUCUAUUUUAUCUACCGUUCGAGCACGGUAGCAAAGCCCUCCAACUUCUCACGGAGUUCUACUGGCUCAAAACCAAUGCCGUCGUGUUGUGCAAACAACGCCAUCGUAAAGCGAGUUCCAGUUCUAAUCAAUCCAGCUGCACCAACUCCGAAGACUGCAGUCAUCUGAAUGGCACAGUGGCAGGGGCCGUUAUCACUGCGACGAACCAUUCCAGUGAACUCAAGGAUGGUUGCAACAAGAGUGAAGUGCAGGAAUGGAUCCGACGUUCGGAGUCCUUCGAGAACGUAUGUCAAAGCAUCUUCCGGCUGGCACGGAAAAUUGCACGCUGUUCUAACAAGGAGCUUUGCUACGAUUUGUUUUCCUACAUUUGGGAUGUUGUUGCUGUGCUAUCGCUGCUGAGUGCUUAUGUGAAGUGGCUUUCAUUGGGCCAUUUUCCUCCCAACAUCAACUCGCAUACACAAGGAGGAUAUACAUGGUUCAGCAAAGGAUGGAAGGAAACAUUCAUGUCCGGCGAUCAGGAGCCAUGGGUAUUCCGCGGUGGACUGGUGGCUGAUCUACAGCGCCUCAUCCCGCUGGAUGCCGCCAACGAUCUCUUCCUGUAUAAACUUCCUGAAACGUCCGCCGUUAAUCUGUACACCUUCCGGCCAUAUUGCUACUCGGACGAAGCCAAUCUCUACAGUGUGUGCUAUCGAACGAUGCACGAUGGCGAUGAGUUCGUCGAACGAUGCCCGGAAACCUUAAGGAGUGUCUUGGCUGAUCGGUACCUUGGUCCAUUUCUGACGCUUGCACCGCAGUUUUGCAUGGUGAUAGAAGAUAAUCAUUCGGAGAUCGUUGGUUAUGCUUGUGCAGCACUGGAUGUGAAGAAUUUCAUUCGUAACCUCGAACAAUGCUGGAUACCGGAAAUGUGUCUAAAGUAUCCAAUGUCUCUCUUGGAUCAACUGAGUUCAUCCGAUGGAAACGAAUCGCCCAAAGAAACGGAUAAUCAAUUGUUGCAAAUAGUUCGUGACAGUAUUACGUAUUUCCACAAUUUUAGCGAAGAUUACCCGACCUGUGUGAUGAGUUCCCAUCCGUCAUUGAUGAGCUGUCGAAUUUUGAAACCGCACAUUAUCGAGGACGAAACGAUGUGCAAACGAGUCAUCACCCUUUUGCUGGCAGCACUGCGAACACAUGGCUUUUCCUUCGGGACGCACGUUUGCGUGAACAAAACGGAUCGCUUCAUGUACCAGUUUUAUGCUAAGCUGGGAUUCGUGGAAAUUUACCGCGAUGAAUAUGAUCCGUUUCUCUACAUGGGGCGAAACUUCUGAUAGGCGAAGAAUCUUCCAUUGCCGCGUAAGGUUUGAUGUUGCACUUUUGAUGUUUUGCCGGAUUUGGUAAGUACAGAACUCAGCUUUUUCUUACCCUUUCUUUGUGAGCCGAUUACUCAUGUGGAUUUUUAUGGUACGACUAGAAACGUAUGUAGAUCUAGUGAAACAUAGUAUCAUAGGUAUCAAAUGCUUCUAUCUGAUUUUCGUAUUCUAUAUCUUUAUAAAAUUACAUAGAAAACAAAAUGAAAAUCUUGACGAUUUACCUUACGACCGAACGACGGUGGCAGUAUAAAUGAUAAGGAAAGGCUUUGCGAAUGACCGUAAUAAACCGAGCUAAUGAAAUUAA